CAAAUAGUCCAGGAGUCAGGACCCUGGCCAGGGCCUCGGUGCAGGAGGGAGAGGGCUGUUGGCGCCCGGCUGCGGCAGAAAGCUUUGCUUGCCCUUUCCUCCUCAGCCCUCUCCUGCAAGCACAGCUGUGCCCCUCCAGUCGCUGCCUGCUGGGUGCCUUCUGCACCCUGGAGGUCAGAGGCAGGUGGUCAUGUCCCGCCUCUGCCCUACCCCCACCAACCCUGACCCAGGGAGCAGAGGAUCCCCUCACCUCCCGGGGAGUCUCUGCAGCCUCCCACAGUUAGCUUGGGCUAGUCCAAAGGCUCUCCUUCGUUGGGGGUACUCCUUAGGGCCAGGGCUUGAGGGGAGAGGAAGGCUGUCUGAGGCCCUUCUGUCUUUCUCCCUUCAAACAGUAACUGGCUCCUACAGCUGAGCAGACGUCAGCAAAUUGCCCCUCUUACUCCCAGAAUCAAUAGCCCCUCUGGAUAUGACUCUCCUGGAAGGUUCCGUGGGGGUGGAGGACCUCGUGCUCCUGGAACCCCUGGAACAGGAGUCUCUGCUGAAGAACCUCCAGCUGCGCUAUGAAAACAGGGAGAUUUAUACCUACAUUGGGAACGUGUUGGUCUCAGUGAAUCCCUACCAACAGCUGCCUAUCUAUGGCCCGGACUUCAUUGCCAAAUACUGGGACUAUACCUUCUAUGAGCUGAAGCCCCAUAUCUAUGCGUUGGCAAAUGUGGCGUACCAGUCACUGAAGGACCGGGACCGAGACCAGUGUAUCCUCAUCACGGGCGAGAGUGGAGCGGGGAAGACCGAGGCUAGUAAGCUGGUGAUGUCUUACGUGGCGGCCGUCUGUGGGAAGGGGGAGCAGGUGAAUUCCGUGAAGGAGCAGCUACUUCAGUCAAACCCGGUGCUGGAGGCUUUUGGCAAUGCCAAGACCAUUCGCAACAACAACUCCUCUCGAUUUGGAAAAUACAUGGAUAUUGAGUUUGACUUCAAGGGAUCCCCCCUCGGUGGCGUCAUCACAAACUAUCUGCUUGAGAAGUCCCGAGUGGUGAAGCAGCUUGAAGGAGAAAGGAACUUCCACAUCUUCUAUCAGCUACUGGCUGGAGCAGAUGCACAGCUGCUGAAGGCCCUGAAGCUGGAGAAAGACACAAUCAGCUAUGCUUAUCUGAGCCGAAAAGUGUCCAGUGUGGAUGGCAUGGAUGACGCCUCUAACUUCAAAGCCGUACAGAGUGCAAUGGCCGUGAUUGGGUUCUCGGAGGACGAGAUUCGACAGGUGCUAGAGGUGACAGCCCUGGUGCUGAAGCUGGGGAAUGUGGAACUGGUAGACGAGUUCCAAGCCAAUGGGAUAUCCGCAAGUGGCAUCCGUAAUGCGAGAGGUAUUGAGGAGAUUGGGGAAAUGGUGGGCUUGAAUUCAGAGGAACUGGAGAGAGCCUUGUGCUCAAGGACCAUGGAGACAGCCAAAGAAAAAGUGGUCACUGCACUGAGUGUCAUCCAGGCUCAGUAUGCUCGGGAUGCUCUGGCUAAGAACAUCUAUAGCCGCCUUUUCAACUGGAUAGUGAAUCGAAUCAACGAGAGUAUCAAGGUGGGCACCGGGGAGAAGAAGAAGGUAAUGGGGGUCCUGGAUAUCUACGGCUUUGAAAUAUUAGAGGAUAAUAGCUUUGAGCAAUUUGUGAUCAACUACUGCAAUGAGAAGCUACAGCAGGUGUUCAUAGAGAUGACACUGAGAGAGGAGCAAGAGGAAUAUAAGAGAGAGGGCAUACCGUGGACGCAGGUGGACUACUUUGAUAAUGGCAUCAUCUGUAACCUCAUUGAGCAUAAUCAGCAAGGCAUCCUGGCCAUGCUGGAUGAGGAGUGCCUGCGGCCUGGAGUAGUCAGUGACUCUACCUUCCUAGCGAAGCUGAACCAACUCUUCUCCAAGCAUGGUUACUAUGAGAGCAAAGUCACCCAGAACGCCCAGCACCAGUAUGACCACACCAUGGGCCUCAGCUGCUUCCGCAUCUGCCACUAUGCGGGCAAGGUGACAUACAGCGUGAAUGGCUUCAUCGACAAGAAUAAUGACUUACUCUUCCGGGACCUGUCCCAGGCCAUGUGGAAUGCCCAGCACCCCCUCCUUCGGUCCUUAUUCCCAGAGGGUGAUCCCAAGCAGGCAUCUCUCAAACGCCCCCCAACUGCUGGGGCCCAGUUCAAGAGUUCUGUGGCCAUACUCAUGAAGAACCUAUAUUCCAAGAACCCCAACUACAUCAGGUGCAUAAAGCCCAAUGAGCACCAGCAGCGAGGUCAGUUCUCCUCGGAGCUGGUGGCAGUCCAGGUUCGGUACCUGGGGCUCCUGGAAAAUGUGCGGGUGCGGCGGGCUGGCUACGCCUACCGCCAGCUAUAUGGGCCCUUCCUGGAGAGGUACCGAUUGCUGAGCCGGAGCACUUGGCCUCGCUGGAACGGAGGAGAGCGGGAGGGGGUCGAGAAGGUCCUGGGGGAACUGAGCAUGUCCUCAGAGGAGCUGGCCUUUGGGAAGACAAAGAUCUUCAUUAGAAGCCCCAAGACUCUUUUCUACCUGGAAGAGCAGAGGCGCCUUCGACUCCAGCAGCUGGCCACACUCAUACAGAAAACAUACCGAGGCUGGCGCUGCCGCACCUACUACCAGCUGAUGCGCAAGAGUCAGAUCCUCAUUUCUGCUUGGUUUCGAGGCAACAUGCAAAAGAAACGCUAUGGGAAGAUAAAGGCAUCGACAUUGUUGAUCCAGGCUUUUGUGAGAGGAUGGAAGGUCCGCAAGAAUUAUCGAAAAUACUUCCGGUCAGGGGCCUCCCUCACCUUGGCAAAUUUCAUCUACAAGAACAUAGCACGGAAAUUCCUCCUGGGGCUGAAGAACAACUUGCCUGCUAGUGUCUUGGACAAAAACUGGCCCAUGGCCCCUUACAGGUGCUUCACCCGCGCCAAUCAGGAGCUGCAGCAGCUCUUCUACCGGUGGAAGUGCAAGAAAUUCCGGGAUCAGCUGUCUCCGAAGCAGGUAGAGAUCCUGAGGGAAAAGCUCUGUGCCAGCGAACUGUUCAAGGGCAAGAAGGCUUCAUACCCCCAGAGUGUCCCCAUUCCAUUCCACGGUGACUACAUUGGGCUUCAAGGGAACCCCAAGAUGCAGAAGCUGAAGGGCAAGGAGGAAGGGCCUGUUCUGGUGGCAGAGACUGUGAAAAAGGUCAAUCGUGGCAACGGCAAGAUUUCCUCUAGAAUUCUCCUCUUGACCAAGGGGCAUGUGAUUCUCGCAGAUGCCAAGAACUCCCAGGUCAAAACAGUCAUUGGGCUGGACAGUGUGGCUGGGGUGUCAGUCACCAGCUUCAAGGAUGGGCUUUUUACCUUGCAUCUGAGUGAGAUAUCAUCAGUGGGCUCCAAGGGGGACUUCCUGCUGGUCAGCGAGCAUGUGAUUGAGCUGCUGACCAGGAUAUACCAGGCUGUGCUGAAUGCUACGCAGAGGCAGCUUCCAAUCACAGUGACUGACGAGUUCUCAGUGAGGUUCAAGGAGAACGAUGUGGCUGUCAAGGUCAUCCAGAGCCCUGGGGGUGGUGGGAACGGCAAGCUUAGCUGCAAGAAGAAGGGGAGUCAUCACCUGGAAGUGGCUGUAUAGUGAGGAGGUGGGGACCUCACGAGAUUCAGCAGUUUCUUGCUGCAGGACCAGCACCAACCCCACCCACACACCUCUGGGGAUGAUCUCAUGUCUAACCCUUCUGAUCGUGGGGUGGGGCUCAGGGGUGGAAGAACCCUUGAAGAGGACCUUUCUUCUCCCAAACUUUUCCAGUCUUCUCUCCAAACUUAGCUUCCUCCCACCCUCCGCCUCUUUGCCUGCUAAUAAAACAAUUGACUUCCCAAAGGUUUGGUCAGUGUGGGUGGAU